AUGGACGAGCGGGCAACGAAGCACAAAGAGACGGGGGAGGGCGUGGCGAGUCAGCAGCAGGAGAACGCGGCAGAGGAGCGUCUGUGGAAAGGGAAGGAGGUGGAACGAGAAGGGGGGGAGGGUAUGGACGGUAUGAGGAAAGAUGCUGAGAAGGACGAGAAGGUUGGAAAGUCGGCUGCUUCUGCUUCUGCUGCUGCUGCUGCCUCUGCUGAUGCUGCUGCUGAUACUUCUGCAGCUGAUGAUGCGACGAGGGAAAAGGGGAAGAGGAGGGAGGAGGAGGAGCGGCAGGCCGAGGGGAGUGCUGAGCGAGAGGCGCAAUGGAAGAAGAGGGAAGAGGAGAUCAGGAGGGAAUUCGAGAAAGAGUUUAGGGCGAGAAUAGAGGAGUUGGAGCGGCAGUACCAGCAGCGGCCACAGCAGCAGCAGCAGCAGCAGCAGCAGCAGCAGCAGCAGCACCAGCACCAGCAGCGGCCACAGCAGCAGCAGCGGUGGCAAGAGAAUGAUGCCUUUGGUCCCCCGCCCCCGCCUCCUCCAAAGGGGGCUUCAGCGAGCGAACUUGCUUCGUUCAAUGCCCGGCUGCGGGACUGGGAGGCUCGUGUGAAAGCUGCUCUUGCUGCGGCGCAGAAGAGGAUUCUGCGCACUGAGGGAGAGGUGACAAAGAAGAGGAAAGCGGAGGAGUGUCAGAGAAAGGCUGAGGAGGUGAAGAGAAACAAGGCGGAGGGUGCACGGAGGAAGCGGGAAGAGGCGAAAAAGGCUGCUGAGAUGAGGGAGGAGAGGGAGAGGGCGCGGGAGGAAGAGAAGAGGGUGAAGAAGGAGGAGAAGAGGAAGGAGAACGAGAGGAGAAAGGAGGAAGAGACGAGACAGAAGGAGGAGAAGAGGAAGGAGAACGAGAGGAGGAAGGAGGAAGAGACGAGACAGAAGGAGGAGAAGAGGAAGGAGAACGAGAGGAGGAAGGAGGAAGAGACGAGACAGAAGGAGGAGAAGAGGAAGGAGAACGAGAGGGAAGUGAGGAAGGAGGAGGAGAAGAGGCGGGCGCAGGAAAAGGAGAGGGAGAGGGCAAAGAAGGAGGAGGCGGCAUUCGAUGAGCAGAUGGAGCAGCUGGAGGAGGAGUGGCAACGGCGGCAAGCAGAUGCGCCAAUGACCUACGAGGAAUACUCAAGCAGUCUGACGCAGCUCCGGAAGCAAGCAGCCAGAGCUGGUGUUGGCAGCAGCCGCAUCCCUGGCACCACCCCACUCCACUUCUGGGACAUCCCCUGGCCGCCAGCAGGCAACUGCCUGUUCCUCUCCCCUGGGGACCCACCUGGGCUGAAGAGGAGAAAGGCUAUGGAUGCGCUGCUGUUCUGGCAUCCGGAUAAGUUCCUCAACUACUAUGGGGGACGGCUGGUGGCAGGGCAUAGGGAAGCGGUGCUCAAGAAGGUGGCUGGGCUGAGUCGAGAGGUGGUGGUGGCUGCUCAAAGGGUGAGGGGAUAG